UUGUCCAAUGUGGGUCAAGACAGGGCUGAAGCAGCAGAUGCUGACUCUGUCUCUGCCAUCCCUCUCAGACUCCUUUGGAUCAGGUUCACCUGCUGUGGGCACUGUGCCAGCUGGGGAGACUGGUGCAUCUUUAAUGAGGUCACCUGAUCCUUGGGACAGUCAGCCUCACCAAGUUACUAGAGCCAGACCCACUAGGUGCCCACUGAACCACUACCUUUCAUCACCUGGGUGCCAGGUCCAUUUCCCCUGCAACUAUGAACCAGGCCUUCUGGAAAACCUACAAAUCCAAAGUGCUACAGACCCUGAGUGGGGAAUCUGAGGAAGACCUGACAGAGGAGAGGGAGAGCCCAGCAUUUGUGGAAUCUGAGACAGCAGAACCAUCAGAAGAGGCCUUCAAUCCCAUGUCACAACUGGCCCGCAGGGUUCAGGGGGUUGGGGUGAAAGGUUGGCUGACAAUGUCAUCUCUGUUUAACAAAGAAGAUGAAGACAAGCUGCUGCCACCGGAACCCUGUGCUGACCAUCCCCUCGCAGCACCGCCCUCCCCUCAGGCGGCGGAGGCCGAGGCGCGUGGGCCCGGCUUCUGGGACGCGUUCGCCAGCAGGUGGCAGCAGCAGCAAGUGGCGGCGGCAUCCAUGCUUCGCGGCGCCGAAGCCGCCAGGGAGCGGGACCCCGAGCCUGGGGACGAGUCAGCGGAGGAGGCCGCCGAGCACCCGGAGCCACGGGAGGCUGACCCGGCGGCCGGCUUCACGUGGGGCUUCCUCACCCACAAACUAGCCGAAAUGAAGGUGAAGGCUGCACCCAAGGGCGACUAGCCAGCCUGCUCACCUGAACGCCCAGCCUUCCAUAAAAAUUCUGACCUGA